AUGAGCCUUUGGCACAGUUCAAGCUGCAAACGGCCAGAUGCCAGUGUGGCAAGUGGUAUUCCAUGUUGCAAUCAUUGCUUCGCCAUUGCGAUCAUCGAGCAAGAAAGAGAACUCACAGAUUCACCACUGCCACUGAACGACCUAUCUCAUAUUUCUCUGUGGCCAUCAUGCCUCAAUUCAGAUAACACAAUUAUAUCAGAGGAGAGCACAGAACAUGGCGACAGCGAACCUCCGACAGACUCUGAAGAGAGUCCAUUCCCGACACUACCCUCCAAAGAGUGUCAGCUGAAUCAUUUGAAGUCUUAUCAUAUGCCCCGAGCCAACGAAAACGAAGACUCCGACAAUUCCCACAUUGUCUUCGUAGGCAAGUACUGGGACACUGUUCAUGUAUCAUACAAUUGCCAACAGGCGCUUCGCUUUAUAAGGAACCAGGAGUUUGAUCGACUCUUAUGGGUUGAUUCAUUAUGCAUCGAUCAGGCUAACCUCAAAGUAAAAAGUCAACAAACCUCUUUGAAACGAAAAAUCUGCCAAAGGGGGUCUAAAGUCCUUGCCUACUUGGGUGAAGAAACAUCCGACAGUCGAGAAGCUUUGGAUUUUCUCAACAGCAUCGCUGUAACAGGCUCCGAAGGGCUUACCGAUCGUGAACUUUUACCCAUAUUAGCCCAAGCAUCCUCCUAUGAAUGUUCCGAUCCGCGGGACAAGGUAUUUGCCGUGCUUAGCUUGGUAUCCCAGAGUGAACUUAAACCCGACUACACCGUUUCCGUUGAAAGUGUAUACACCGGCCUAUCUGCAUACCUUAUGGAAGUUUGCAAUUCCAUGGAUGUUCUCGAAUUAGCUGGUCUAACAAUAAAGAAGACAUUCGACCUCCCCUCCUGGGUCCCAGACUGGUCGCAAGCAGUAUCCACGACCGCUACACCCAUUUCAACAACGAAUCAAAGACUCAACCGAAAAAACAAUAAAGUCUCAGGCUCAGGUCAUGUAAUAUUCCGAUCCUACCUUGCCUUUGACAGUGAGAGCCACCUAAGUGCAGCUACGCCGAUCUUGCGCACUUGUGCUAUCAAGGUUUGCGGGUUAAGUGGCAGUAUCAAGCGUGGUCCAACUCGUGUAAAGAUCAGAAUGACGCUUGAUGAAAGAGCAACUCUAUCGGUUUCCCUCCCAGAUCGAGGAUAUAAGAAAGGGCAAGAUAGUUUGUUCCUUCUCGGUGGAUACAACAACCCUGUCAUUCUCAGAGAAAAAUCUGUCACGGGCUCUUAUCAUUUCGUAUCGACCUGCGCACUUUCGCUCAGACAACCUCCUACCAGUAGAUGGCUGCUGCCUUGGGCCAGUGAAAGGCCGAAUGAGCGGUACAUUGUUUCAGGACUGUCCCCAGAAGAAAAUAGUUUGAUUCGCGAAUUCCAUCUGCUCAUGGAACAAACUACACAUCAAUCUGUCAUCACCUUAGGCGAUGACGAACUUCCCAUCCCCUUCGCCAGCGUCAGAGACAGGGUCUUUAACUUUUCUCUAUAUCUGCAAAACCCGUUGCCGAAGCUUGAGAAACAAUUGUGGGAUAAAUGGGAAGAUUCAAACAGAGAGUUUGGAUGGAUGUUCCGUGAUCAGCAUGCAACAUGGCAGUUUCUUCGACAAGUCAAUUAUUCGGAAGUUGCCGGGGGACAAGGAGAAUUUGAGAUGCUAGUGGACAAGUUCGAUGACAUCCAGACUACAUUGUAUUGCGGUGUGAAGUUGCCUUGGACAUAUUCAUGGGAUCUCUGUCGAAUUAUCUGGUCGUUUUUACGACCUUUGAAUCCAGAACAAGUGGCUCAAGGACCACAAUGGACUCCAGUGCUGGGAAGGAUGAUGACGGCUGUUCCUAAGAUUAUAGAAUGGACAGAAACGACGGAACAGUUAUUGAAGUUGUUUGAAUAUAGUCAAACUAUAUUCGGCGCCAGCUGGACAUCAUUUCCUGGGAAUGAACUACCUCAGAAGUGGAUUGAAAACUACGAAAAUUUCUACAAGAUUCUGGAUAUGGAUAUGAAUUACUUCGUAGCAGACCUGAGGACAUCACUGGAUUUAUCGUGUCACUGGGACGUACGAGAGUUCGAACUUAUUGCCCGAGUUAGAUGUCGUCUAUGGGAUCUCAACCUACCUCCCGAACUAGAAUCAGGAAGUGCUAGUAACAUAGCAGUGCAUGCGGGCUCCAGAUCCCUAGGAUUGGAGUUAUACGAUGAGCAAAUGGUAGACAUCCUUUGA